CAGCUAAGUCGUCGUACCUCCUUCAGUUGUGUCUUGCAAUCGUUCGAAAUAAGUCGUACACGAACUUUUACCCAGUGCGAAUUUAAUAGAAUGACGUAACUGCUUCCCUUUUAAACAUGAUCGUGAUGCAGAAGCCGUGGAGAGGAACGUUACUGCUGAUAACGUUCGUAUCUGCUUUCUCAGGAUGUCGAGCAGAAGACCCACCAGCGUCUACCGUCCUCCUCUACUCCAACAUCCUCUGGGAGGGCAUCAAGGGCAACGUGACCUUCUCCUGGGGCGGCCCGGGCACCAAUGUGACCGUGGAGGUCACGGCGGAGAUCGUGGGCGUGGGCGUGCAGCCCGAACCGGCCGAAUUCGACUGGGCGGUCCACGACUGGCCCGUCAGAUACGACACCAACAAGCGGUGUGGCGCUUCUGAGUUGGGGAGCAAAAAAUAUGACCUAUCCUCCAUCCUGGGGAAGCUGACCAUUCCCCAAGAGUCUUCCUCGGCGAUCUUCGAGACGGACCAGCUGAGUCUCGUGGGACCCGAAUCCGUUUGGGGAAGGUCGCUCACCAUCACGGCCAAGAGAAAGACAGCCUGCGCCAACAUCCACGGCGUGGGCGGGGAACGGACCUACGAGGCCCGCUUCCACAGCCCCGUGGGCGGCUCCGUCUGGUUCCGGACUUGGGCGUGGGACCUGGGGCUUAAGAGCGACCUUGGGGAGACGAAGGGCGUGCAGACGACCAUCUUCACAGACGUCUUCAACAGCGGCGACGACAACCCUUCGUCGGGAGAUCAUGACUGGUCUCUCUACAUCACUGAUAUUUUGGAUGAUAAGGAGGAUCGUCCAUCCUGCAACUUCCUCAGUCUGAUCUACGAUCCUGUAGGACGCGAGAAAUGCGACGACGAAGGAUGCCCCCAGGGGCUCUUGACCAAUACCCAUGGGAAAUUGAGGAUAGGAUCCAAGAGGUCGCGAUUCUCAAGAAAGUUCUACACGGACACCAAGUUCGCCUUACCUGACCUGACAGGCCCUAGGAGACUCUACUUAGCAGUCAUGGGCGCCCUGCACCCAGACCACCUGUGGGACUGUGCUAAGGUCAGGGAGAUCGAGCCUAAAGUGGGAAGGGCCGUCUUCAGCUCCCUCGGUGUCUCGGGAGAGAUCAGGAUGGAGCAGCAGUCAGUCUUCUCCCCUACAGACCUCACCCUAGAUCUCAAGGGCCUGGCCAAGGAUGCCGGAGGCUUCCACGUCCACUUGCUUCCCGCGUACCCACCCAAGAACGGUCACGAUUUCCCCUGUGGUGCCACUUCUGGCCACUACAACCCCUACGAUGUAGACGUUAGCACGUCUCCCGAACCGGGGCACGGCUCGCACGACCAAUACGAACUAGGGGACCUCAGCGGUAAACAUGGCAUGCUCCUGGGGCUGGAGGACACCUUCGCCACUGUCACCGACCACAACCUGCCUCUCUUCGGACCCCGCUCGGUCAUGACUCGGAGCAUCGUGAUUCACAAGGCAUCCGGUGCCCGGUGGGUCUGCGCCAACAUCAGGCCCCUGACGCCCCACAUCAGGGCUGUCGUGACCUUCCGCUACCCGCUCAUCGGGGAAAUCAUCUUCGAGCAGGAGGCGGAGGACCCCAUGGCUGACACCCACAUCUUCGUCAGCCAUCUGGUGUACUCCGACGGGAGCCGGAACGACACGGGGAAGCACCGCUGGCACAUUCACCAGGACAUCCCUGGGAAGGACUUCUACAACUGGACCAUGCGCUGCGUCUCUGCGGGAGCUCACUACAAUCCUUACAAGGUCAGCCUGGAGGAACAAGGUUACCGAGAUUGCAGCCCGGACGUAGCCGAGCGAUGCGAGGUGGGUGACCUCUAUACCCGACACGGAGACCUUCGUGUAGCCGGCACAGUUCGGUCAGCGGCUGAUACCCAGAGGCUCUUCACGGACACGAACCUGCCCCUGACCGGCCCCCAGACUAUCAUAGGCCACUCAAUUGUCAUUCACGACGAUUUCGCUCCCAAACACAGGGGAGAUCGGAUGGCUUGUUCGGCGAUCUACCGUCGCUUCCGCCACAAGGGCGUGGUCCAGAAGUGGUACGCAACCCUGGGCGCAGGCAAUGUCGAGGGUAAGAUCGAGUUCGUACAGGAAUCCGAGUUCGACACCACUUCCACUGAGGUAGACAUCAGGGGACUUCAGGGCAUUGCCAAUGGGUACCAUGUCCAUAUGGUCCCAGUAGAACACGAGCUCGAGUUCCCCUGCGAAGGCUCAACCACCCUAGGCCACUACAACCCGAUGGACAUCACCCCUGCGGAGUCCCCGGCCCCUGGGACGGGUACCCAUGACCUGUACGAGAUGGGUGACCUGGCGGGGAAGUACGGCACCCUGGAGAACAUGACCUGGAUCCGGGAGGAUUAUAAUGACUCCAACUUGCAGCUCUUCGGGUCGACUUCGAUUAUGGGGCGUUCCAUUGUCAUCCACAAGAAACACAAGAAUGCCAGGUGGUUCUGCGGCAGCAUAGGAUGGGGCUUCUCCCCCGCGGAGGCCAGGCAAGUGUCCGCCAUCGCCUCCUUCCACAAUCCACAAGGAUUCGCCUGGGGAUACGUCAGGAUGAGACAACUGGUCUACACAGAUGGGUCCUUCGGCGAGACCUUCCUGGAGGUGAAGCUGCGACACCCUGGCUCCAACAACCGGAACGUGACGCGGAUGCACAACUGGUCGGUGUACGUGAAUCCUGUAGGAGUGGACGCCGGAGUCAAGUUCUUCCAGUCGAGGUGUGUCGCCGCUGGAUUCCGCUGGAACCCCUUCCUCAUACACCUGGCCUUCCCCAAUGACCGAGACUACUACGACAGGGAAUGUACCCCAGAGUUCCCCUUACGAUGCGACGUGGGCGACCUCUCAGGACGUCUGGGGCCAAUUGACGUGGGCGACAAAAGAUACGUCUUCGUGGACAAGAAUCUUCCCUUGACCGGGCCCCACGGCAUCAUGAACAAGGCCAUCAUUAUCCACAAUGAGAAUGCUGGAGUUGAAAGGUUCGCCUGUGCCAACAUUGAGCCUGAUGACGAUAUUAUCAAGUGGGUCAUUAUCAGGAAGACGCCCAAAUUCUCAGUGGUCCUCUUCAUGUCGGAGAUCAGGGAAGUCUUGGGAGCGCCCGAGUGGUACCUGGCUGCUGACCUGCAGACUGUGUCGUUUUCCUCGGACCAGAAGUGCGUGACCUUCGUCAUACAUUUCAUGGGCCCCUCAGCAGCAAGACUGGAGCUGGACUUCUCACGCCUUCUGGCCGGCGCUAUACUGGACCAUCCUACCAUUUCCAUCAGGGGCGUGUAUCCUGACCCCAAAAGGCCCAAGAAGGUUCCUUACAGGACCUGCGGAGGACUGGAAGAAGAUGACAUUGUUGGUAAGAAAUCUGGUGACAGCUGGUGGAAUGUCCUGACUGGGAAAAACACUGGUGGCUACGCAAAGGACUCUUCCACGACCAGGUCCCCAAGCCUUGUUUUGGUAGCUCUUGCUGCCUUGAUAGUGGCUAUUUAUCAUUAGUAUUUCAGGAGAGACAAUCUGUCAAAAAUCUAUCAGCAGAAAUUGCAGCUAAGAUGACUGUCAAUCCAUAAAAAUGUUAGAAUGACUGUGUAUCAGUUAACAGGGAAAUCUAUGUGAUUGUCUUCCAGGAACUGACAGAGAUAGAGAGAGCAUCUGUCUUUGCAGCAUAUAAAUUAGGAGUGAAAGCUAUUGUCUAUCUGUCAAUUGAAAGGGAGAGAGCAGCUGUCUAAGUAAUAUGUAAGUCUGGAGGGAAAACUAUGCAACUGUCUAUCAGGAACUGACAGAGGGAAUCACUUUCUUGUCUUUGUGUUGAAUUAGGAAUGAAAGCAACUGUCUACCUGUUAAUAAAUUGACGAGAGAGAGUAGCUGCCUUGUCUGCAUGUAAAUCAGGAGUGAAAGCCACUGUCUGUCUGUCAAUUUACCAAGAGUGACUGUGACCGUACCUGACAGAAGUACCUGUCAAAAAAACUGACAGAAGAAGUGAAUGUCAGUCAAUAAAAUAUCGCAGGAAGUGUUAACUGAAAGAAAAUGACAGGGGAAGCUCCUGUCAUUCUGUCAGUUGACAGAACAAAUGCCUAUCUGUCACUAAAUUGACAGAAGUAGAGUUAUGUCAGUUUUGAAAUUGAUUCCAAAAUAUGGAAAAUAUCUUUGUAGUUCUGUCACUUAUUUUUUUUAUUUAUUUAUUUUUCUGGUUGUGAUAGCAAAAGACUAAUGGUUUAUUGUUACUUAUAUUUGUUUAUUAAAAUAAAUUACAAAACAAAUACAAAUUUAUUUUGUUGAGAUAUUUUUAUCUAUAUAUUUAUUUAUUUACACUCAGAUCCGUCCAUCUUAUGUUAAAAAUGUGAGUAGUAAUGUAUAAAAUCUGUUAUGCUGUGCAAUAAUUAAGAAAAUAAUACUAUUUGUAUUCAAUAAUUUUGUAAAAUGUCGUCUUGUAUUUAUCUAAAUUUUCCCACAAAUUCAUGAUUAGAUAAUCCAUUGAGAAAUAUUGUAUUAAAUCAAUGUAUUUUUAUACAUUCCUGUCUAAGAUCUUUCACUUUAUAUAAUGUAUAAAAUAGAUUUUAAAGACAAUUUUAUACUUUUUUAAUUAAAAUGUAUAGGAUGUCAAUUAGACACACUUGUGAAUUAGUCCACUAUGUAGAUGUGUAUAUAAAUAAAAUCUUUAAGAAGAUUAUAUUUUAGAAAGAUUAUAUUUCACAAAACCUCAUUGUAAGUGAUUCUUAAUUACUUAUAAGUAUGUUCUUUACAUUCCCUUUUUAUUAGUGUCUUUAGAAUCGUGAUUCUUGUGUAAUUGUAAAUUUUAUGUUCAGGAAUAAAUAAUGUCUCCCAUAAAA